UAGCUCCCGAACCUGAAGAGCUAUCCAUUGAUAAUCCAAAAUGCCCUUUGCCAGGACUAUGGAUUUAGUUCUUCUAGUUAGGCUAGGCCCAUUGGGCCUCUAUGACCCAAAGAAAAAACUUGGACCCGUUCAUGAUCGUAAGCGACCACGGUUGUUUCUCUCAAACUGGCAUUGCGUCCUUGUGUUUGGUCAUUUUCAGCUUCUGCUAUUAGUUCACCGACUCAGGGACACAAGUAGCAGACUCAUCCCAAUACCUGUAAGGAAUUUUCCCGCCAAAACCCCCCAAAGCCCACACCUUUUUGCAAUUGGAUUGGAUUGGAUCAGAGAGAGAGAGAGAGAGAUGACGACGAGGAAGAAGGUGCAGAAGAAGUGCAAAAUCAGAGGCUUCACUCUUAAAGUCGACGCGCUCGAAGAGAUUCUAUCCUUCGUCUCCCGAUUCGACGAUUCCGACCCCGACGGCGCCAUCGAUGUCGUCCUCGAGCAGCUCCAGCUCCAACCCCUUAAGUCUUCCAUAAUCGACAAGCAGACGGUCCAGAGCGUCGUCAGCAUUUUAUUACAGGCUGACACCGCCGUAGGCGACGAAACCCUAGGUGGUGGUUUGGGCGUAUGUGACGCCUUCUUGGUCCCAAAGUUCCGAUAUGAUCCGAUCAAGAAGAUUUUCUACAAGCCUAGUGAGAUCCAGCCGCCGAUUCAUGGAAAUGCGUCCGCGAAAGCGGCUCUGUAUAAGGAUAGGUUUCUCUUGAUCUCCCAGAGGCUCUCUCGCCAUCAGCAUUUUGCCAAACGAGCCUUUGAUUCUGAAAUGUCUGAUUUCGGAAGCUGUGAGAUAUCUCAAAUUCAGUCUCUGGUUGGACAAACUGGAAGGAGAUGGGUGAUGGGUUUGAUAUCACAGUUGGAAGAUGGUCAUUUUUACCUGGAAGACCUUACUGCAUCAGUGGAAAUCAACUUAUCCAAUGCAAAGAUAACUACAGGAUUCUUUACAGAGAACACAAUGGUUGUUGCAGAAGGCGAGAUGCUUUUAGAAGGUGUUUUUCAGGUUAUUACUUGUGGAUUUCCUCCAUUAGAGGACAGAGACAUGUCAGUCAAAUUGCUUGCAGGACAUGACUUCUUUGGUGGUGGUAUACUAACAAAAGAAGAGACACUCAGACUUUCAGAACUGGAAAAGAGAGCAGUUAAUGACAUGUUUGUCAUACUCUCUGACAUUUGGCUGGACAGUGAAGAGGCUAUGGGAAAGCUAGAGAGGAUCCUUGAUGGUUACGAGAACCAGGAAGUGGUACCUUCCUUAUUUGUGUUUAUGGGAAAUUUUAGUUCUCACCCUUGCAACCUUUCCUUCCGCCCCUCUAGUCUCAGGUUGCAGUUUGGCAAGCUAGGACAAAUGAUUGCAGCCCAUCAACAGCUAACAAAGCGUAGCCGUUUUCUGUUUAUCCCAGGUCCUGAUGACCCAGGUCCUUCGAAAGUUCUACCCAGAUGUGCUUUACCAAAAUAUAUAACAGAAGAGCUUCAAAAACACAUACCAAAUGCCAUGUUUUCAAGUAAUCCUUGCAGAAUAAAGUUCUAUACCCAAGAGCUUGUAUUUUUUCGUCAGGAUUUACUGUACAGAAUGCGCCGUUCGUGCCUGAUCCCCCCUUCUACAGAAGAAACUGAUGAUCCCUUUGAGCAUCUUGUUGCUACAAUAACCCAUCAAAGCCAUCUAUGCCCACUCCCUCUUAUUGUACAACCCAUUAUCUGGAAUUAUGAUCACUCACUCUAUCUCUAUCCAACUCCACAUACGAUAGUUUUGGGUGACAGAAGUGAGCAGAAGGCUUUCAAAUACACAGGAAUCACUUGUUUUAAUCCUGGUUCCUUCUCAAGAGAGGGCACAUUUGUGGCAUAUUAUCCUUGUACUCAGGAAGUUGAAUUGUCAGCCUUAGAGGAUUCUGAUUCGAUGCAGUAACAGGAAGCUUUAAAUCAGCUCGGCAGGAGUGCAGGACACAUAUUCUCUAUUUGCACUUUUGCAGAGUUGUAACCUAUAGUAGGAACUUGGUUCACCAAACAAAUUUCUUUUCUGAAGCCCCAUUACUUGAAGGCUUGCACUUCUGUUGUACAGGUUACUAGGAAUGUUAUUACUAUUUUUGGUUACAACUAGGAAUUUCAUUAUUGAUUGAGAGUUUCUCUUUUGAAAUCUAGAGGAGAUAAAGUUGUAAUUGAAAACUAUUUGAUAUAAAACUAAUUUGAUGCAA